AUGCUCGCGUUCAACCCCGCAGUCCCACAUCCAGAUCCCAACGCCACUUCACGCGAACUCCUUCUCUGGGAGUACUUGGCCAAGACCAACGCCGAGUUGUGCGGGUCGCCAGUCAAACAAUACGUCGGAUUGGUGUCAGAGUCUCCAGUCGCAGUUGCGCUGGCUGUGGAUGAGCCGCGAAACCAGGAUGGCGUGGCUUCACAGAGCCAGGUGCGUGCCAGGGCGCGGGCACUGACAGUAGCAGUGGCUCAGCCUCAGCCUCAAUCCCAGAUGCAAAUGCAAAUGCAAGUCGACGCCCCAACUUUGGAUUUGGCCCAUGUUGAGCAGCCACAUCAGCAUCAGCCCCAGGUUAACUUGUCCACGCCACUCAACUCAGCCUACGUUCUUGCACCAGCCGUUCCAGCCGCUGACCUUCCAGCAGCACCAUCCCACAUUCCAGGCACUGCAAGCCGCGCAGCAGCACGAGCAGUUACAGCGACGCAUAAACUCGGCGCUCAACACCACCGCUUUGGACAAUAUUAUCUCUCAGCAGGUGAUGCAGUGCACCGCUGCUAUGUCAUCUGUCGCUACGGCUCCUGUAGUAACAUCUGCGCAAAUGGACAGCAUCCACCAGUUCAUUGGCCCCUCGACGAACUCUGCCAUUCACCCACCCACAAUGAUCCCGCUGAGUACACCCAUCAUGCCCAUCGCGGCGUAUCGCAGUCGUUGUCAUCCCACACGGCGCCAUCUUUGACUAUUUUGUCAGGCACGUCAGCUAUGGUGUCUGGUCAGGACAAGCAUGUUCGUCAGCGCUCGUGGCGCUCAUCGCGGCCCGACACAUUUGAGGAGCUGCAGUCACAGUCGCAGACCCAGUCCAGGCAUCCAUCAAUGUCACAUUUGGCAACGGCAGCGACCCUCGCGUCGACUUUAAACACCAAUCAAAUAUUCAAGUCGUCAUCGAUGCUCGAGCAGAAGCAAGAGCAAGACCCAGAUGAAGACCAAGAUGAAGACCAGGAUGAAGAUGAUAGCAGUGGAUUAUCUAACCAGGAUAUAUCGAGCACUGGUGCUAUUGACUUGGACACGAGCCCACUCCAGCGCAUCCAUUUCUCCGAACCGCGGCCCUGGCGCUGCCGCUGCCACGAAGCGCCGCAUGUCCUGGAUGAUGUCGAGGUCGGCGUUCCCGAACAGAUACCUUCAAUCGGUCAAUUCGACUCGCUGCGCCAGCUGUACGAUUACAAGGAACUCUGCAGAAGCUAUGACUCUGUCCAUGGCUCACAGUGGCGCGGAAAGAUGGAGAGCAAGCGCCGCCAGAACUGGAGCCGCAUCUCCGCCGUAUACAACCGCAUACUGCAGAUGCGCGGGCCUGGCACCACGGAGGCUGACAUUGAGCGCGCACUGAAGGCGACAGUCAGCGAGAUGGAGUCGUUCAAGAUGACUCUGACGCGCUACUCCCAGCUGAUCCGGAAGCGGCUCAAUGACGAGCGCCGAUCUGCUCUGCUAGAUCAGUCCACUGAGAAUCCCGAUCUCGAAUGA